AUGUCGGGCUCCCGCGUUCCGGACGCGGCCUCCGACCCGCGGCCCGGGGGCUGCAGGAGGACGUGGGCCGAGCUGCUGGCGGGCAGGGUCCGGCGGCCGGAGGCCGGUCCCGAGCGGGCACAGCAGGUACGGGCGGCCGCCGCGCAGCUCCUGAGGCGCCACCUGAACCUGAGCCGGCUGCUGCUUGAGGUGGACGGUCCGCGGCCUGCAGAGCUGCCUCUCCGCGGACGGGUGGACCAGUGGGUGGACCACGGCAGCCCGGGCGCGCUCGUUGGCUCUACUUUUCAGGAUCAAGCCUCACGGCUGGGGGUUCCGGUGGCAGUCCUGUCCAGCCAGACAGUAGCUUCCAGCUUCGUGCAGAUCUGCGAGACGUGUGCUGAGCCCUCUUGCGGGGUGCUGCUGGACCCGGAGCAAAGAAAGAAACUGUCUUCCUUGUUAGAGAUCGCUGGGCAUUUAUUAGCACACAGUAUGUUCUCCCGGCUCUCCUUCUGUCAAGAAUUGUGGAAAGUACAGGAUUCUUUGUUGCUGGAAGCUGUGUGGCAUCUUCACAUACAGAACAUUGUGAGCCUCCAAGAGUUGCUGGAAAGCCACACAGACAUGCAGGCGGUGGAGGCAUGGCUCUUCAGGAAGCUGCGCUGUCUGUGCGAACAGACAGAGUCCUGUCAGCACACUGACAUCGCCAGGGCUGUGCUGUCUGGUUUUGUGCAAAUGUUUGUUUUGAAGGGAUUUCAGAGAAUCUUGGGCCCAAGAAGAGAUAUGGAGGCUGAACGGAUGCCCCAGAUUGCUUUGGCCGUGUUGCAGAGAAUGCUGCUCUUCGCACUUGAAACCUUGGCUGCUGGCGUGCAGGAGGAGUCCUCAGCACACAAGGCGGUGAGGUGCUGGUUCAGCGGAUUCAGUGGACAUACGUUCCACGGUAUACUUUCGACAGAUUCUCCAAAGAGAUUUUCCAGGCACACGCUGACUCAGAUACUUACUUACCAGCCUGUGCUAAAAGUCUCCAGUGCUGUUCAAAUGCAGAGGGACUGGAGCUUUGCGAGGACCCACCCUCUGCUCACUGGCCUGUACCGCAGGCUCUUCGUGUUCCUGAGUCCAGAGGAGUUGGUUGGCCACUUAGAAGAAGUUCUGGAGACGCACGAGGUGAACUGGCAGCACGUGCUGUCCUGUGUGUCCACGCUGGUGAUCUGCUUCCCUGGAGCACAGCAGCUGGUGACUGAUUGGGUGGCCCGUUUGCUGGCCCGUGCAUUUGAGAGCUUCGACCUGGACAGCAUGAUCACCGUGUUUCUGGUUGUGCGUCAGGCUGCGCUGGAGGGCCCCUCUGUGUUCCUGUCCUACGCAGACUGGUUCCGGGCCUCCUUUGGGAACUCAAGGGGCCACCACUGCAGCAGCAAGAAGGCAUUGGUCUUCCUCUUCAAGUUCCUGUCUGACCUUGUGCCCUUUGAGGCCCCCCGGUACCUGCAGGAGAAGAAUCUGGAAGAAUAUCCCCAGACUACCAGUGGCCAUUGCUUCCAGGUGCACAUUCUCCACCCACCCCUGGUCCCCAGCAGGUACCGAUCCCUCCUUACAGACUACAUCGCACUGGCCAGGACACGGCUGUCUGACCUCAAGGUUUCCAUGGAAAACAUGGGACUCUAUGAGGAUUUGUCUACAGCCGGGGACAUCAUAGAGCCCCACAGCCAGGCGUCCCAGGAUGUGGAGAAGGCUAUCCAGGUGUUUGAACACACAGGGAAGAUUCCUGUUGCUGUCAUGGAGGCCAGCAUAUUCAGGAGGCCCUACUAUGUGUCUCACUUCCUGCCCGCCCUGCUCACACCUCGAGUGAUUCCGAGAGCACCUGAUUCCCGAGUGGCCUUCAUAGAGUCCCUGAAGAGAGCCGAUAAAAUCCCCCUGUCUCUGUACUCCACCUACCGCCAAGCCUGCUCUGCUGCUGCAGAGAAGACACCAGCAGAUGUAUCCCUGGGAGUGAAGGAGGAGGCAGAACCUGACUGGGUGGAAGGCUCCCUGAGACUGCUCACAGUUGCACUUCAAGAGCUCAGGGCCACCAUGACAGACCCCACCCAGUACGACGUCUUGUCUGCUCAGAUCGCGGUGGUUUCUGAAAGGUUGAGCUCUGCCCUGGGCCUCAGGGAAGACCACAGCAGCUCUGAGGUCUCGAAGAUCCAGCUCAUUGUUCCUGCUCCCAAACUAGAGCUGCGAGAACAGCAGGUUGUGGAUCUCCUGCUGACAUCUUUCUGUCAGAACCUAAUGGCAGCCUCCAACUUUGCCCCACCGGACAGGCAGGGAUCCUGGGCUGCCCGCUUUGUGACAAGCACCUGUGGACAAACACUCCUCCCUGCUGUGCUCUCCAGGCUCUGCCAGCUUCUCCAUCACCAGAGUCCGAGCCUGAGUGCCUCGCACGUGCUGGGGUUGGCUGCCCUGGCUGUGCACCUUGGUGAGUCCAGGUCUGCGUUCCCAGAGGUUCAUGUAGGUCCUCCUGCUCCUGCCAGGGGCCUCUCCAUCCCUGAGUUCUUCAACAGCCUACUGAUGUGUGGGUCCAAGGAGUCAUUGCUCUUCUGCCUCAAAUUUUGUACUGCAGCAAUUUCUUACUCUUUGUGUAAGUUUUCUUCCCAAUCAAGUGAUGGUUGGUACAGCUGUUUAUCUCCAGGCCUUAUAAAAAAGUUUCAGUUUGUUGUGCUCAGAUUGUUCUCAGAAGCCCGAGACCCUCUGUAUGCAGAGGACACAGCCAGCUUUCCCUGGAGGCCCUUGUGCCUGCCCUCUGCAGACUGGCGGCGAGCCGCUCUCUGUCUGUGGAGACAGAGGGCCUUCCGGGAACUGUUGAAGAAGAAGGAAUUUCAUUUAACUUACAGAGACUGGGUACAGCUGGAACUGGAAAUUCACCCUGAAGUGGAUUCUCUUUCAGACAUAGAAAGGUGGGACUUCCACCAGUGGGCCAUCCGUGAGCAUUUCCUCCCCAAACCCUCCGCUGCAGGGGGCUGCGACGGAGACCUGGAGACAGCGUGUACUAUCCUUGUCGACGUGCUGAUGGACUUCUGCCAAAGUUCGAGGAGGUGCGAUGCCCACUCAGAGAAUGAUUUGGUUCUUGGAGGCUGCACAGGAAGUCGGGAUGUUUUUUCAAGACUGCAGGAGAUGGCUGCUGACCUGGAACAGGGCCCGGUGAUGGCCCAGGGCCACGCUCCCUCUCGGGGACACUUCCUCUUCGGGGUUUUCUGCAGACGGUUCCAGGCUCUGGCAGGCGGGGGGGAUGUAGCCUCCCACCUUCAGAGACAGCGGGAGCUACUCACAUGCAAAAGGAUCCUCCUCGGCCUCUCUCCGUCUGUCCUUGUUGGUAGCCCCCGAGCGGCCCAGCCCACAGCCCCCGACUGCACUGAGUUCUUCCACUUGGUCAACUCUGAGCUGAGAAACUUCUGUUCCCACGGAGGUGCCCUGACGCAUGACAUCACCAUCCACUUCUUCAGGGGGCUCCUCUACGCCUGCUCCCGAAGUAGAGACCCCGCCCUGACAGCUGACCUGACCCUGACUGCCUGCCAGACCGAGUGCCCCUUGGUUCUGACCUCUGCUCUGCUGUGGUGGCUGCGCCUGGAGCCUGAGCUGCGGUGCCGGUGGGGGUGCUUCCAGGGCCCGCUGCCCCGGGGGCUGCAGGGGCUGCGUGAAGCCUGGCAGUGUGCCAGCAGUCUCCUGUCCUCCGACACAGAGUCCUCCGACACAGUGCUCCCCGCCCUGAGCCCAGCCUGGGUCUCUGCUGCUGCACUACACUUUGCGAUUCAGCAAGCUGGGAAAGGGGGCCUGAGGAGAGGCCUGGAGAGGCUGCACUGCCCCAGAGAGGAGCUGCUGGUUGUCCUGUUUUUCUUUUCCUUGAUGAACCUGCUGUCAUCACAUCUAACCCCACACGCUGUCGACUUCCCGACAGCUCUGGAUGUUUGUGCCGAGAUCCUGGGGUGUUUGAAGAAGAGGAAAGUGUCCUGGCUGCCACUCUUCCAGUUGACAGAGACAGAUGCCGGACUGGGGCACAUCCUCCUCCGCCUGGCCCCGGACCAGCACAUCAGGCUGCUGCCAGUCGCCUUCUACAGCCUCCUCUCAUACUUUGAUGAAGACGCCCUCCUCCAGGACGGUGCCUUUCUGCACGUGGCUGUGGACAUGUACCUGAAGCUGCUCGGCCUCUUUGUAGCUGGGGAGACAGGUGCACUCUCGACUCUGUCUGGCAGGAGCCAGGAAUCCCAGGGCGACCCUGUUGGCCUGAUAACAAAAGCUCGUCUUUUUCUGCUACAAUUGAUACCUCGGUGCCCUGGGAAGAGCUUCUCAAACGUGGCAGAGCUGCUGGCCACUCGAGACCACGACCCAGAAGUGAGUGCCGCCCUCCUGAGCAGGCAGCAGUCCCAGGAGCCCUACCUGUCCUGACGACCCGCACAGGCACCACUCCUUUGUAAAUAAUUUAUUAUGAGCGUGACACAGAGCUCCGGUUGCACUAAAAAGUGGAUUACAAAUCUCUUUGAUUGCUUUAGUGGGGAAUCAAUUAUUAAA